UUCCUGCGACACGACUACACACCAAAACAAACGUGGGGCUAAUUUAAAAAAAAUAAAAAUAGCUACCUGCGAUGAUAAAAUGCCCAUUUGCUGGCUUAUCAGCGACGAGGGCAAUCAUAAACCCAUCAGACUGCCUCAUCUUCAGGCAGUUAUUCUGGGUCGAGGUCCAGAAACGACAAUUAAAGACAAAAAGUGCUCCAGGCAUCAAGUUGAAGUGAAAGCAGAAUGCAACAAAGGAUAUGUCAAAGUUAAACAGUUGGGCUUGAACCCCACGUCCGUAGACUCUGCGGUGGUUGGUAAAGGCAAUGAGGUCAAAAUGAGGCCUGGACAGCAGCUUCAUAUUGUCAAUCAGCUCUUCCCAUACACUGUUCAGUUCAGGGAGGAUCCUGCUGGGGAUCAUGGCCGCUCCAGAAGACCACGAGAGCCUUCAGAGGACAAAAAGUGUGACAGAGAGGCUCCGAGUCCAAAAGUAGCUAAACAAACAGAAAAGCAAUCUGUGCCCCUCCAAAAGGAAGAAGCCACAAAAAGCAGUGAAAGUUUUGGACACUGGAGCCAAGGUCUGAAGACAUCAAUGCAGGACCCAAAGAUGCAGGUGUACAAGGAUGAUAAAGUAGUGGUAAUCAAAGAUAAAUACCCCAAAGCUCGCUACCAUUGGCUGGUCCUGCCAUGGCAGACCAUUUCCAGUCUGAAGGUGUUACGUGGGGAACACACUGACCUGUUGAAACACAUGCAACAGGUUGCUGAGCAGAUGGUUCAGCAGUGUCCACAUAAAAGCUCACUACGCUUUCGCAAAGGGUACCAUGCCAUCCCCAGUAUGAGUCAUGUUCAUCUCCAUGUGAUCAGCCAAGACUUUGACUCUCCGUGUUUAAAGAAUAAAAAACACUGGAACUCUUUCACAACUGACUAUUUCAUUGAGUCACAUGAUGUGAUUCAGAUGCUUGAAACAGAUGGAAAGGUUGCCGUCACAGAAGGAACCAGUGAGUUGCUGAAACUACCUCUCCGCUGUCACAUGUGCCGAAAAGAGCUUCCCACUAUACCAGCUCUGAAGGAACACCUGAAGUCUCACUUUCCCAGCUAGGGCAUCCAACUCAAAGAGACGAUAAUGCAGCGUAUGUUUACUGGUUCAGUCAUUGGACUGUAGUUAUUUGGGCAUACAUUUUGCCUGUUAAUUCUGAUUUUGGUUUGUUAGACUUUUUUCAAUAAAAAAAACCAUUUAUCAGUAGGUUUGAAAAGAGUUAUUAUAAAGAUGCUUGUAUUAUAUUUUGAUUUCAUUUGUAGGCUUUUUUUCCUUCCUUAGUUUGUAAUUAGAGAUACUGCUUCUGUUUUCUUACAUUUUCCUACAUGUUUGAAUGUGUUGUAAUAAAUAUUUGUCCACUGAA